AUGUUGGAGUUGGAAGUAAGGAGAGAGCUUAUGAUGGAAAGAGAAAUAGCAAUGUUUGGAGGAGAUAGAUUUGAUUCAUUCUUCAUGAAUCAGGUUGAUUCCAUGUUGUUUAAGGAAAAGAUGAGAAUGGGCAUCUCUGUUGUGUCUAGACAUGACAUGGAUCACAUCUCAGAGACUCGUUUUCGCCACCGUGCUGUGGAACCAAAUAUUUCAACAUUGAAUCAAAGUCCAAAGGCAAAGAUUUUACAAGUGCAACCCCCUAGAGUUAGCAAAAUCUUACUGGUUCGUCCUGACACGAUUUUCUCUGGAGAAAAAUGGAAAGCUAUAACUCUAAUUGAAGAGGUUGCUGACAAGCCUGCGAAAAAAGUGACCGAGUGGAAUUGUGAACUCUGUCAGGUAAGUACAACAAAUCAAGAUUGCUUGAAUGCCCACUUCCAAGGGAAAAAACACAAACUCAAGGAGGAGAACAAAAAUUGGAGCAGUGGUUUUUUACCAAAGAAAUCAAAAUUCAUCCAGCUUGUGGAGCGUCCUUGCGAUGAUCUGAUAUCAAGUCCAAACGUUAAUGAUCCACCAUCCUUGUUGAUAGAUAACAAUGCAGAUGACUUCAGAAACAACAAAGCUCAGGAAAAGCAAACCAAUAGGGAGUUCACGUUUUGGUGUGAGACAUGCAAAAUAGGGACCUUCUCUGAAAAGACGAUGGAGGCACAUAGGGUAGGAAAGAAGCAUGUUCGGCAUCUUCAACAACUUACUGGAAAAGACAAGCAGUGUUAA